AUGGAGAAUCCGCUGGUGGCCGUCAUCACAUCGUCGGCUGUCGAAUCUCGGGUCAGAAAACGUGGUUUCCGCUCAAUUUCACAACUAUUGCAACCAUUCGCUACACAUUCAGUCAGUGUAAGGGAUCCGUCUACAGGUCAGUUGGUGUCUGCUAAUGUCACAAUUGACUUCAAUGAUUUAAAUAAAGAGGGACACCUGCUCACAUUAUCAGUUCUACCCCACGUGCUUUUUGAGGUGCUGCGAUCGAAAUCUCAAUUAAAUGAUGCGCUUGAUAGCUUUGAAGCUGCUUUGCGGAAAUGGGCCGAACCUGCUGAGCAGGAGACAUUCCGUACAUACCUUGCCUGUAUAUUCGUUGUUGCUGGAGGAGAGGAGAAGCCAAUGAGCGAAUUGAGCAGGCUUGUGCAAGAGCAACAUGCUCAGCAGCAUUCCUCUGGAGAUUCAAAAGGGCUCACUCCAUCUCAUUGUGGUCCCCCCAGGUGGACUACUCCAAACACACUAAAACACUACUUUCUUCUGCACGACGCUGCGGAAGAUGAUGAGGCUAGGACUACUGCGGUUUUCAAUGAAAUGUGCUCUACAUAUGGGAUGGACUACUGCCAGAUGUUGCGGAUUGGUGAUGGGGUAGUUUCGGAAGAUUUGCCCGACGUUUGGCGUGAUAGCGAUGAGCUGGAUGCUAUCCUGAACGCUGGUCUACGUAGAGCUCUCCAACAUGCUGCCGCUUCAGCCAUAGCCCAUCAGACACUGGAACGGAAGCCAAGUGCCACCAGUGUAUCCACUAUCUCCCCGUCAUAUGCAGUGGUGCAGUCGUCUUGUAUUCCAUCCACGGCCCUUAACGGUUAUCCAGGAAACGGAAAAUCGCUAUCUAUAGGAGAGCACGCUAUAUCAGCUGCGGACAGAGAAGCUUUAAAAAAUGUCACUCUGAGUUUUCAACCGGAGAGCGUGGAAAUGCAGAGUCGACGGUUAGCUGACUUGGCAUUUCUGUUUGGAUUGUACUCCUUCGCCCAAUCCCAUUAUCGUUCAGUCAAAAAGGACUUCGAGCACAGCCAGGCAUGGUUGUAUCAUGCUGCUGCUUCGGAAAUGGCUGCUGUAGCACUGUACUUGUCCGACAACAAAGUCUCGCCGAAGCAGUUUCCAAAACAUUACUUCGACGCCGCGCUUGAGAACCAGCUCACCUAUUCUGGCAAGUACACAUGUGUGGUUCGCUGUGCUUUAAAUGCAUCUAUGGUAUUGAGCAAACUUUCUAUGUUCAAGGAGGCUGCGACACUUCUUUCAACCGCAUCCAGCUUGGAUAAUGAUAUGUGCGUAGCAGUAACCCAAGCACAUGCUUCCCGAAAUUUUGAAGAGGCGAAAAUGACGAGAAAAGCCGCUUUCUAUCGGAUUCUUGCUGGAAAUCGUUUUAUGAAAGCUGGACUCAAGCAGAAUGCUUUAGAAUGUUACAGUCGAGCCCUGCAAAAAUAUGCCAAUACGAAUUGGGAUUCUAUCGAAGAUCACUUAUCAACUGUCUUAUCAGCAGACACAUCUGAUAAAUCGUUAGCGGUUGCCUGCGCGAUUCGGCUGUUGAGGGAAAGCGCGAUUCAAACUGAAACUAAUCACGCUGCCUUCCUUGACAACUUCGUGGAAACAUUGACGCGUUUUGGUGUUAGCAGUGAGACAGAUCCUCUUGCUUUGCCUGUCCCUUUGCUGGAUGUACAAGCAACACGUGUGAUUUGCGGAGAACGACCGCAGUCAGAUGAUGUACCUCUCAAUAAAAGCAUUGCAUGGAUUGACAUUGAACGGGCUGCUUACCAUACAUUGGCUGGAAGUGAGGGCAUGCAACCUUUCGAUGGCCAAGAAUUGCUACCUACCCUUAAGUUUUUGCCAGAAGAAUCAAAAAAAAUGAAAUCAGUAGUACAUGCAGUGGAUGAACGGUUGCGAAUUCAUGUGGCGCAGAAGCAAUGGCCGCUCCUGGAUUUUCGAAUUGCAAGAAAAAACCAACCUCAAGUUUUCUGCGGGCAAGCAGUCAUCCUGAGCGUAGAGGUUGAAAACAUCGGAAAAGAGCUGGUGAACGCACUUUGCUUGGCAACCGAUGGUUUGGAUUGCGUCUCUGUAUCGUUGGUGGAUACGCGUGGGAAAAAGUUGACUGUGACCGUUAGAGCGCCAGCUUUACCAGGUGAAGAGUCGGAUAUUGGACUGGUAUUUUAUUAUCGUGGUGAAAAUCUCACAUAUCGUCAAUGGCAGACCGUGGUCUCGUUGCGUCCGGUUCCUUUGUUCGAGUCUUCGGCGGUGUUACUUGAUGAGGUUCAUGGUAUCGUUGCAAUAAAUAUGCGAAAUGUGAUGCCUGCUAAUGAUGCCGCCCUUGCGCGAUGCGAAGUCUUGCGUAUACGUCUUGUAUCCCAAAACAUUAAUGAUAAAGGAUGUUGGACAGAGGUUGAUCACGCGAAUGUCUCACUUCAACCAAUGAAGGUCGGGUCACAAGUGCAACUGGACUGUGAACAGUCAUGCAAUGCAUGUAUUAGAAUAUCUGUACCAUCCGGUGUAAAAAAUGAGGAUUACGGUGUGGAUGGUGUCAGUUGGUGGUUGAGUCCUAUGUCGGUGGAUCCACCAUCUUGGCCUGCUGCUUUACCAAAUGCGUCGAGAAUUGUGGAAGAUUCCCAGCAUCCAUUUGACAACUAUUACCAGCUGGCUAUCUUCUGGAAAGCCAGUGUUGUAGAUAACGAUGGUCACCGUUCCUACACGAAGUUUAGGUUGUGUCAAAUUCCGCUUGAAGUGCUAGUUACGAAUGUUGAUCAUGGGAAGCGCAGUGCUGAUCUCACGUUAAGAUAUAGACCUAAGGUUACGGAAGCUGUAACAUCGCUGACGCAAUUGCCACCUGAAAAUCGUCAGCAAUGGUGGAUUGAUAGAGAAUUGGUUAGGUCUGUGAUCAAAUAUGGCGAAAGUCAUGUCUUUCGUUUCGUCAUCAGCGUUUGUCAACCGUCUGUAUAUGAUGUAGCAGGUUCACAGUUAGUCUUGGAAGCUAUCUUCGAUGACGCUGAUGUCAAGGUUUUCAAGGUAUGCUAG